AUGGCGCUCGAGCAGAAGCUCACGCGCGUCCUGCAGCCGCUCGCGCUGUCGUCCGUGCCCGCCAGCGCCAUCUCGUGCCUCUUCGACACAGGAGGGACUGCCUCUGUACGUGGCGAAUGGUCUGCCUGCGUCUCGCUGCGCCAGCUGCGCGCUCUGGACCGUCUGCUCGCGUUGUAUGGACCACGUCAAGGCUGGACGACGAAGAAGCGCCCAGAGGACGCAGAUGACGCGCCAGUGGCGCGUCUCUGGCACGUGUUGACGUCAUCAGAAUCGCUGACCGAUGAAGUGUCGCAGAUUUCGGACGUUGAGAACCAGGACGCUGUCUAUCGCUCGCUCUUAACGUUACUUCAGUCGGUGCUGAAUGUACAGGACGUGUACGCGUCAUUGAAUGACGCAGAGAAGCGCCACGUGCUUUUAAAAGCGCUUAUUGCUGGCAAGAUCUACUUGACGUGGCUCCCGCUGCCUGGUGGCGCAGCGUACGGUCUUUUUAUGUCGUACGUCUAUCGUCAAGUGCUGGAUACAUUGAAGAAAUGGAUCGUGCUUGUUGCUGCGGUGCACGAGCAAGAUAGGAGACCAAGUGAAGCUGUAACGAGUCAAGGAACAAGACGACGAGGGAGACGACGAGGUAGAGGAAGGACCGAGCAGAACAUGGGCGAGGAGAGAAGGAAAAGUGACGAUGACGAGGAAGAGGAUGGUGAUGAGGACUGUUUUGUGACACUGGAAAUGCUCUCGACGUGUGGAUUGGAGUUGCUGGAUACGUUCGUGACGUUCUUGAGCAAUUUCUCGCUGUCGUCUAGUGAAGAGUCGAUUGCUCCGACGGUUGAGACGGCGAUUGCGCUGCAGACAGCUGUGCCACCGGAAAACGAAGGCACUGCGUCGGCAAUGACGAAGAAAACAGUGCAGAUGCUGGAAGCGCUUGUGAGUGGGACACAUGGCGAGCCAGUAGAGAUUGGGAAAGUCGUGUUGCAUUGCUACAUUCCUGGCGUGACGUUCCAGGAUACGGUGGCCAAGGAAACGAGGUCGUCGUUGCGCUUUCACAAACUGUCGAUUGACGUGAUCACUCGAAUUCAGCGCAUUGCAGCAGAAAAAAGUACUGCAGAUGAUGUAGAGGGUACUGCACGCCAGCGAAACUCGUUGCUGUUGCUGGGUCUGAUGCAGAACAUUUGCUUGCAGGCACCAGGUCUGGCGGAUGAACGUCAACGUGUCCUCUCGUACGUCUACUCGACUGUCAUGGCUGGACGGCGAGCAAGCAAGCAAGGAGAAGAGGAGAAGCCAAGCGAGUUCCGGGAUGAAGAGUCGGCCAGGUUUGUGCGAUUUCUAGCAAGUUAUUCUCGCAACGCGAAACUGAAGUAUCGCCAAUUUGCGGUAGAACUGCUGGGCCGCUUUGUAGUAGAAACCGAGUUUUAUGAGAUGAACGAGAGCGAAUUGCCUGAGACGUUGGUCGCGUAUUCGGGCGUAGGCCCACUUCUUGAGGUACUUAUUGAUCGAGCUCGAGACAAGAUGUCCCAAGUUCGUACAAAGGCGAUUGCAGGAAUUUCGGCCAUGCUUACACUCGGCUUGUCAAAUUUGGCUAGUGAGGAAGAAGAAGACACUGAUGAGCGAAUGGACGAGAGCAGCGGGUCAGAAGCCAUUGCCACCUCGCUACAGAGGUUGCUGUAUGAGCCAUCGAUUGAAGGGAACACGACGCUCGUAGAAACACCAUUGAUGCAACGACUUGUUGACCUAUUCCGUGAGCGGCUGGCGGAUGACAAGACGUACGUGCGAAGAGCUGCGGUGCACGCUUUGGAAGCACUUGUGACUGCGCAAUCAGGGGAGACAAUACACAGUUCUGCAAGGAGAGACCUGUUCGAUAUCCACGCGCGCUGUACGGAUUCUUCGGUUGUCGUUCGCGUUCAGUCGAUAAAGUCGUUGUCAGCAAUCUUGCUCAAAUUUCCACGCGAUGAGGAAGCUCAGAAGCUAUGGAACCUCGGGGUCCUUCCGCUCUGUGUGGACCCGGAGACGAGUGUGCAGUCUUGUGCACUGGAAGCAACUGGACGAGUUGUGUUUGAACGGGUUCUGACGUGGUUCGACGUGCGUCGCAAUGAAUCUCAGCGGGAGGCUUUCGAGAGCGUCUGGAUGCAGAUGUCGCACCUUGAUGGUGUAAUGGCCCGCUGUUUGCAGAAAGCAAUGCGUAUGCUCAUCAAGAAUGACAAAAUUGAUGUCGAAAAGAUCGUCAAAGCGUGCGUGUUUGCUAUCAAAGAGAGCGUGAGUCAGUACGGCUCUGGCGAUGCGAUGCAAGACGAAGUGGAGGAUGACACUACUCGUCAAAUUGUGACGCGGUAUUGGGGCUUCAGCUGGAUUGUACUCGAGGAACUGGCGCUCUCGGACAAACUCGUUGAAGCUGUGAGGGGAAAACAAAAGAACCUUAGCAUUGUUGUCGAGUGCUGGAACAAACUGCAAGACCAGGCAUUGCCUGUAGAGUUUAAUGAUGGAUCAAAGCGCAUUUUGCGUGUGAUCGCCGCGAUUUCGACCGUUAUCGAUGCACAGGAUGCCAAGUCGAUUGCGGAUGGCAUUUUGGCAUCCUUGUAUUCAUUCGCCAUUCCGCUGAACGUCAUUGCCGAUGGAAUCCUUGCCUUGAAUAGCAUAUGCAGAGCCAAAGCCUCGUCGCCUGAAAAGAGCCGCGAGAUCAGUUUUGCGUGGGGGAAGAAACUGCUCGACCUAUGUGAUGCUAGCCUUCGCAAAUGUUUCAAAAGUAGCCCAGACAGCGUAGAGGAUGAAACGUCGCUGCUGCAGAGGCAAUUGAUUUCCAUCGGUGAUGUAGCGCUGCUUGAGUUUGACAAGGACGCUGACAAGAGCAGCGAAGCUGCACUCUUACCGGUAACUUCGAGUCUGAAGUCACUUGUGCAGCUCUUUUUACCACCAAAGUUUGUCCUCGACAGUGCCGCCAUCAACCGGUCCAUGUCACUAUCCACAGAGCAAAGUGAUGGAGGUGAAACGACGGCCAUGUCGGAUUCCAUUCCGCUGCCGACUCCUGUUCGCGUAUGUGCGUUUGUGACACUUGGCAAGCUGUGUUUGCGUGAUAGCGACCUAGCCAAGAAGUGUAUGACCAUGUUCAUUCGGGAGUUACGAACUUGUGAAGAGCAGGACAUUCGGUCCAACAUCCUGCUGAUUUUAGGCGAUCUUUGCAUUCGCUACACGUCUCUCGUUGACGCGUACGUUCCAACCAUUGCCUUGUCACUGCUGGAUAAGAGCCGAUUGUUGCGUCGCGGCGCCUUGUUGCUGUUCUCCCAGCUAAUUCUGCAGGACUACAUCAAGUGGCGCGAAUCACUGCUACGCUUUUUCCUUCGCGCUGCGGUAGACGAAGACGAAGAACUGGCGAAUUUGGCUCGCCACGUGUUGUGUGGACCAUUGCUGCAAAAGUCGCCGCACCUUUUUACGAGCAAGUUCAUUGAAAUCAUCUUUGUCUUCAACGGGGUCCAGUGUGGCAAAAUCAAAUUCUCGGAGCCUUUCGAAGAGGAAGGUGCGCGCGAACUCGCGCUGCUGGGCAAUGCCUGUUACCCACGACGGGCAAAGCUGUACACCUUUUUGUUGGAGCAUAUGACGGACGAGCAAAAGCUGCAGAUUUCGAUGAAACUCUGCAACGAAGUGCUGGAGGAAGUCAUGGAUGGUACACUACCGUUAUGCGAGAAUCCGUCGGAGAUUACGGAUCAUUGCACGGAAGCAGUCCUCAAGGAUACUUUUGCAAUUCUGUGCUCCCCAGAGAUUAAGCUCACUGCCGCAAAGGAAGAAGACGAUGAGCUCGAGGGAGCAGACGCAUCGACUGGAGCAACUGCCAGUGUCGCGACACAGAUCGCAGCUGCCAAGGGCAAGCUGCUGUCCAAGAUGUCGAAGAAAAACUUUCUUGAGAAUGUCGUGCCAGUGCUCAUCGGACUCAAGCAUACUCUGGAGGCGAAGCAUAGUCCUUUGACUCGCUACUUGCUGCACUACAUUCGCGAGUUGUUCAAGAUGUACCGCCAGGAGGUGAAAGAUAUUUUCGUGAGCAGGGACCCGCAGAUGGCAGUGGAGGUAGAGUAUGAUCUGCGGCAAAACGACUUGCAGCGACAGCAGCAGCAGCAGAAUCAACAGUCACGACGCAUGACCUACGCGUCAAGCGGUAACCAGACAGCAUCAAUGUCUCCGGAAGCUUCAACCGCCCGUGCUCCCCGGUCACCUCAGGACGAAUUUUUCGAGGUCCGCCAAACUCCUCCACGUCUACGCAAAGACCAGAAAAACGUGCCUGCUGGUCGUCGACGACAAGGUUCGAGUCUAGCAUCUACGCCAACUCCUCCUCGCAAUGGAAAAAUACAGUCACGAAAGGUGCCUGCGGACACCGAUCAUCAGCAGACAUCGAGGUCCUCAACGUUGGUAUCUGCUUCCAGUCAGGAUUGCCAUUCGACUGCUGAGGCGUCUUCAACAGACCUGCCGCAAAAGAACUUCACACAAGAUGAUCCGGACGAGCGCGAGAAGGAAGACGGUGCCGCAGCGCUUGAUUGUGCAGGCGAUACUGAUGAGGACACGCUUUCCACUGUAAACACUUCCAGACGCCGGACAAAAGGAGCAAAGUCGAGAGCUAACGCAAAGAAGACCAGCGCGCGUCCAACUGAGACUACUACCAAAAGCGAAGCAGAUCCAGAAGAGCAAGCGAACGACGAUGAGGAGGACGUACCAUUUCCACUCAAGAAGAAGGCAAAGAAGAAGAAGACGACCAAGAAGACGACGACAGACCGUGCACAACCUGCUGCAACACCACGUACUCGACGUAAACGCAAACGCAAUUGA